GAGCAGACGUAAACGCUCCAGAUGACACUGGCCAGAUUGCCACAGUUGCGGCUGCUAUCCGUGGAGACCCACUGGUUAUGGAGGUGCUUUUGGCAGCGGAUGCUGAUGUGGACGCCACCAAUUCGAAUGGUGUGAGUGCUAUCAUCGCAGCUUCACACUUGGGACACUGCGAUGUGCUCUCACAGUUGGUUCGAGCAAGAUGUCAAGUGGACUCUGUGAACCAGGCGGGUGCCACUGCCCUAGUUGCAGCUGUAGAAGGCAAUCAACUAGCAGCAGCUAAUGUGCUCCUUGAGGCUGGGGCCAAUGUCAAUCAUGUCGGAGUUAUGGAUUCAACACCUCUUUUUGCAGCUGUCCAGGAGGGUCAUCAGUCCAUGGUUGCACUUCUUUUGGCGAAACGCGCAGACCCAAAUCAUGUAGCAAAGAAUGGUGCCAGCCCGCUCCUCGUUGCAGCUCAACUAGGUUCCUUGGUCGUGGGGCACCAGCAACGCCAACGGUCUUUGAACGACUCUCCAUUGGAAUGCAUCAAAACACAAUGUACAGCGAGGAUUGCUGAGACAGAAGGCAAUGGUACAGUUAUGAAAGCUGCAGGUACUGUCCUGUACUGUACUGGAAGGAUGUGCAAAGACUAA